UUCAUAGCAAAGUGUUCAUUCAUUUGACUUUAAAAAAAAAUGCAGGAUGAGAUUUUUUCUUGUCAUGCAUGUACAGGACAGAAUCAGCUCGGAGAUUUAAGGGACGGCUAUGUAGGUGGGGUCUAAAACGAGAAAAAAAAAAGAGGCUGAUUCUGCCAUUGCUUGGUAGAGUUACAGUUUAAAGACUUGAAAUGAGCCAUUUGUCUUGAUAAGGCUGUUGAAGUCAAACAAUCAUCUGAAUAACAAAUAACAUUCUUGUAACUUUUAUAUUAACUGUUAAAUAACACCAGGGGUUGAACUCUUCUCAGUGCUCGUGUCAAGUGUCUGUGUCCACUUUCCUGGAGAACUACAUUUGAAGAACAUGAAGAUGCUUUCAUGUGAGAACACAUGAUGAGGCCUUCCUUUUAAGAUGUAUUAUUUGUUAUUACAGCUUAGUAAGUCCUCUGAUUAUCAUUUUAAAGGUACUGGUCCGGCUGGUUUUUUUCUACCCUGCAGUGUUUGAGAGACUGUAACCAAGUUACAAGUGCAACCGGUGUAAACAAGCAGCAUAGUAACCGAGUCUCUCUUUGUCUGGAUCACUCUGUUACUCUACAACCUGUGAAAACCCACCACAGAAGCUUCUUUAAAGAGUUACUUUUUCACAGAUCUUUUGGGUGAAAACAGGGAAGAUGCCUUCUCAUAUCAUGCUCUCCUACCAGUGGGAUGACCAGGCUCUGGUAAAAAAGAUCUUUGACCGGCUCAGAGAGGAUGGUCUGCCGGUGUGGAUGGACAUUGAAGGAGGGGUGACUGGGAACAUAAAUGAUGCGAUGGCUGCAGGUGUGGAGGAGGCUGUGGUCAUCUGUCCGUUCAUGACUCCGGCCUAUCAGGCGUCUCGAAGCUGUAAGAAGGAGCUGAACUACGCAGACAGCAGGGAGGUGAUCAUUGUGCCUGUCAUGCUGGCCAGCAACUGGGAGGCCAGCGAGUGGCUGGGGCUGAUCACUGCAGGCCUGCUGUGGGUGGACUUCAGGAAUUUGGAAAAAGACGAAAGCUUUGAGAUGUGUGUCAGCUCUCUUGAGGAGGAGAUCAUGUACAACGCAGGUCACCUCCUGGCAGUAGAAGAACCGAGGUCUGAGGAGGAGGAUCUGCCGGAACCAUCAAAACCCCACCUGAAGAGGAAACCGGGCCGAGGGUUUCUCCACGAGCUCUCAAAGCUUUACAUCCAGGAUGCAGAUGAGCAGGUAGUGCACCCAACUGGUGACACCAGAAACACAGUGGCGCUUCAUGAGAUGCCUGGAGAGCGUUGUUACUGGGAGGAGAUUAAAGCCAAUGGCGCCAAGUACUACAGGAACGUUGUCACCAACAGAUACCUUGGUUAGUGUUGGGGGAAAAAU